UUAAGGAUUAUUUGCUAUGUAACAGUUAGAUUAGGUUUACUUUGCAUCAAUCAAAUGAAUGCCACACAGCUACUGCAACUAUCAUAGGGAAGCAGGGUUUGAUAAUAUAAAACUGUAUGAAAGUGACUGCCGUGUGCUUAUAUUGGAAGAGUCCUUAUCUCUUGUUUCAAUGAGUUGGUCCCUUAUCCUACUUUCUCAACCAACAUGAGGUGCCUAACCUCUUAUGCAGGCAGGGCCCAAACAGCUUCCCCUUAUAAUUGCUACUAAGAAGUCCCUUUUUCAUUGGCUAAACUCCAGCAAAGUUACAGUUAAGUACUUGUAUUGACAUUUAUUACUAUGUUUACCUCUACUUUAUUCUUGUAAAAGAAGUAUGGCUCCUCCAUUAAUUCAAUUCAUAAAUCAUUGGUCCCGUUUAGUCUAAAAGUGGCUGAGUCAGUCUAAGCGUUCUUUUGCACACAUACUCGUUGGACCGUAAGCCUAACCCGACAUUAAACUAAAUUCUAUUUCGUCUUGAAUUUUUUGGAAAUAUACCUUAUUAUAGGGGGCAGAAUUAUAAUUUACAAAAUCUGAUUAGGUACCCAAGUUAUAUAGUUCUGAAAUGCAGCCGUCUAUUAUAAUUGUAUGGAAAUUCUACCUAAUCAACAGAGUACAUCAAACAGCAGAAAGUCAAAUAAUUAUUGGUGGGAAUCAAUACCUAAUCCUGUAAUAAUCGUAUUUCUUGUACAUAAAAGUUAGAAGAGCUGGACAUGUAUUAUUAAUUUAAGGUCUCCCAAAAAUAUUGGUUGCUUUCAUAAUCUUUUCAGAUAAUCAAUCUCAAAGGAGACAGCACAGUAAUGAAAGAGCGUGGAGCCAAACCUCUUAAGUUUGUCCCUUCCCCAUUGCCAUUUGUCUCAAGGUAGCCAAAAGAAACAAACCUCAGUUGUUGUCUUUAUCUUUCUUUGCUGUAUAGAACACUUCCAGUCCCUAUAGCCAAACAACCCCCAAACAUUUGGAGCUUUCUGUCACUGCAAGAUAGGGAAUCAAAGAUGUUGAGCAAAGCCAGCAGAACAAAACUAAGCCCACAAAUGCUUAUCAAAGAAACCCUUCACAGGACCAAGAAAUUCUUCCACAGAGCUUUCACAAAUCUCAAAUCCUUCAUUCUUGGAAGGUACCAAAAGCUGCCCAAAACUCCUUGUGCUAAUCCCAUCAAUUGCACAAUGAAUUCCAAGUUGCAUGGAGUGGACAACUUCUGCAGAAGUCUGUCUCAGCAGUGGGAUAAUUCUACUGAGACAGUGAAGAAGAAAGAAAGACAUCUCUCACCUGAAGUACAAACAAAGGGAGAUGACCAAUGCAGCAAAAGCUUCAAGAAUGCUGGAGAUUGCAGUGAACUAGAGCACUUAAAAGAGGGUAAAAUCUCAUCAGGGAGAAAACAGGAGGAGUCCAGUUUACUGGCUGCAGUUGCUUUAGCUCAAAAGAUGAAAGAAUUGGAAAUGAUGGAUGUGAAUGAUAUGGAUCAUGUGAUGGAUGUAGAGGAAGUUCUCCAUUUCUACUCUCGGCUUACCUGCCCCGCCUACCUCGAAAUAGUGGACAAAUUUUUCAUGGAUAUGUAUUCGGAAUUCAAUGUCCCGCAGGCGUCGAGGAGCAGCUCAAUGAGGAAAUUGGGUUCUGCAGCCAGUGUUCAUAGUUCCAUGAGAAGUCUUGGCCCUUUAAAGCUGUAGACAGCUGAGUUAAUGCAUUCAUGAAUUCAUCAUCUGUACCCAUAUAGUCCCUAAUCCAACUUCUGCACUGUAUCUUUGUUGUUUGCUGAAUUUUACCACUUCCACCAAUAAUACAGGCAUCUGAUGAAACUUUCAUGAA